UUCAUCUGUAAUCAAUCAUUUCAAUUUCUUUUUCUCUCUCAAAAAUUCGUUCAAAGAUUUUCACUUUCUGUAUUACUUGAUCCUCAACCGCUUUCAAUUUCAAUGGAAACUCCAUCAUCCACAACAAGAUUCACCAACACCAUUCCACUUUCAAGAAAAUUUGAAGAUUCUGAAAAGAAUCUGUCAAAAUCAAAGGGACAACAGCAAGAUCGAUGUGCAUUGAUGGACAUGACAAAUGAUUCACCAAUUGUGGGGCUUGCCAAUGGUGGAAAUCUUGAAACACCGUCUGCGAAGCAGCGAGGAAGCCGUGUGAAGAACACACCCGGAUCUGGUGAGGCAUUGCUGAGGGGUCAGGUGAAGACACUUAUGCAGAUGGUGGAAGAAGAGGCUUUGGAGAUUCUUGCUCCAACUCCUCAGAUUCAGGAUCUUUCUGGCACUGCCACUUCUGUUGUUCAACAACAUCCAUCAAUUUCUCAGGUGGUGAAUAUGGACCAAGAUAGUGGUGAAUAUGGAAAGUGUGAGAUAACAAAGUCAUUAGAUUUCUCUGAAAAAUUUCAAGUAUCAGAAGAAUGUAACUCUGAGGUGAGUUAUGAGGAAGUAACACAAGGAAGUGUGGUUGGAAGCUGCAGCAUAGUUGAUGAUGGUGCUUCUAUCUGGUCAAUGCAAGUGAACUCAUGCAACUAUGAUGAAGAUGAUGUGGACGAAGAAAUUGCUGAGGAAGAUGAAGAAGACUAUUAUGAUGUUGAAGAAGAAGAAUAUGAAGGGCUUGAUGAACUGUGUGAAGGACUAAACAACAUUGGAAUGAAUGAAAAGGUAGUUCCAAAAUUUGCUGGAAAACACAUAAGGUUUGUUUACAACAGUGAUGAUGAAAUUGUGAAAGAAGAGGAAGCUGAAAGUGUUAAUGCUGCUGCUGAUUCACCUAAUGUCUUGCGUUUGAAUGGAUUACCAACACCAAAAGGGAAACAUCUUCGUUUUUCUGAGGAGGAUGAAGAAGAAGAAGAGGGAAAGUCUGCUUUGUGAUUCAUGCAUGGAUGGAUUUUUUUUUUUAGUUUUUACUCAUUUUUUUGCAUUGUUUUUCUUUCUUUUGUUGAAGGCUAAAUGAGUGACCACAAUUUUUGUGGUCCUCAAAUGUUCCAAUUCCAAAUACUGAAUAAAAAUGUUCCAAUUAUAAUAAA